GAGGUCAGGGGAAGGUCGGGAAAAUGUUAUAAGCUAAAAUAAAAGCAAAGAAACAAGACAAGGGGCCUCGGGUGUGACAAGAACCUCGAACCACGAGGGUGUUUUUUUUUAUAAAAAAGAAUCAGUCGGUGCAGGUGCUUCAAACGUAGCGGGUUUUCAAAACAGAAUUUUAAAAAAACAAAAUAAUGGAUGACGAACCACCGGCAUGGGAUAUAGGAGGAGACGACGAAGCACCAGCUUGGGAUGCUGGUGCAGGAGAUGCUGCAACUGGUGGAGAUACAGCUGCAGCAGCUGAUGCACCUGUAAUAGUAAUACCCUCUGGACCCAGAGAAAAAUGUGAUCCCCCCCAUUAUACUCUUCAUUGGGUUCGACCCCUAUUUCUCAAUUACCGCUAUCUCUAUGACUACAGACAAAAUUAUUAUAACGACGUAAUCGACUGGAUGAAUAAACGAAAUAAGGGAAUUUAUCGUGAGGAGCCACGAGCUCAGGAAUGGGCGGAGAGAGCAAUAAGAAUGUAUCAUUUGAAUAAUAAGAAUCCAAGUGUAAAACGAUCAGCGGAUAUGCGUGAAAUAACUCAGAUGAGACAUACCAUCAGACACUACAGUUAUCAUACUCGAGCAUAUUACAGCCUCAAGUACAUGAAGAUUCUUUGAGAAAAAAGUCUUCAACAAUGUCUUAUCGCCGCAAUAGCGAAGAAAAUGCAACAAAAAUAAAUGGAAAUUAAAAUAAAUUUUAUAAAACAAUUUUAGACCAAUAUUAAUCAUUAUAAAAAUAAUAUAUAAUAAAAUUAAUACUUAUAUAUCGAAUGUUUAAAUAUUUUAAUAUUAAUUAAUAUCUAAAUUAAAAUAAUAUUACAAGGCGAUAAUUUAUUAAAUUUAAUAUAUUUAAAUAAUUUAAUAAGUAAAUUAUUUAAAUAUUUUGAAUUUCUAAUUAGAAACAAAAUUAUAAAUUUAAAUUAUUUAUUUCAAUAAUUCUGAAAAAAAAAUUUAUUUUUUUUGUAACUGAAAAUAUUUUGAUUUUGAAAUUAUUAGAAACAAACUAAUUGGAUUAGGUUAAAAAUGUUGCACCUGCUUCAACUUAGAGAAUGAUAUUUUUUGUUAAAAUGGCAAAUGCAUCGACGUUAAAUCAUCGAGCGGCGAUUUGUCGAUAUUCGUUAUUAUUUAAAAUUUUAUUUCUGUUAUGUACACAGUAAAUAUAAAAUAGUGAAAUUACAAUAAUUAUUAAUUUGAUUAUCAGAAAAAUUUCACUGAUUUGAAUUUAAAGUGUAUAAAAUUAAUAAUUUUAUUAUUAUUAUUGAAUAUUUAUUUCUCUUCAUAAAAAAUUGUGAACGAUAGUUUCAAAUCAAUAUUAUUAUUAUUGUUAUCAGUUUAUUAUUAUACAAAACUUAAGACAAUUUUAUAAGAACAGUCUCUAAAUUCGAGCAUUUUAAUACAUCAAUUACUUUAUUAUUUGGAUUUAGAUUUGCAUUUAAGAACAAGGGAUUUAAAACGUGAUUUCGAAAAUAUAUUUUCGUAAUAAAAUUGAACUUUGCAUAAGAAAUUUUUUUGAAAAAAUUCAAUUUAUUAUACGAAACUCCCAUGAAUCCUCUUAAGUUUUAGCAAUACGAUCCAAAAUAUUGUUUAUGAGAAAUAGCGGGACUGUUCUUGCAAAAUAACGAGGUUCAUUUUUUUUUCUUUUUCUUGACAAAUUUUAAUAUUAAUCAAACAAUUUGUUUAAAAAUUAAUUUUGAAAAAUUUUUAUAAAAAAAAGAAGAUAAAAAAUAACUUAAAUAAGACUUCAAUAAGAUGAAAAUCAAACAAAUUAUAAAAAUUUUUCAAAAUUAUCUUUAAUAAAAAGACAACUCUUUAAUGUAAAAGAAUAAAAAAUUUUGAAAGCUA